AUGCCAUACUCGUUCCACAGCCAUUCAGGCCAAUAUUGCAAACAUGGAUACGGUCUUCUUGAAGACGUCGUCAAGGAAGCCAUUAGGAAAGGUUUCAAGAUCUAUGGAUUGAGCGAGCACAUGCCACGAUUAGAAGAGAGUGAAUUGUAUCCAGAGGAGCUCGAGGCUUCAUGUACCCCAGCGACUCUUGCAGCUACCUUUGCGGAAUUCAGACAACAUGCACGUCAAUUACAGGAGCAGUACAAGGAGCAGAUCACACUCUUAGUUGGUACCGAGAUCGAGUUCAUACAUACCGGCUAUGCUGGCGCUAUCGACAAACUACGCAAGCAACACACGGUGGAUUAUGUCGUCGGCUCGUUGCAUCAUGUGGGAACUAUACCCAUCGACUUUUCCAAUGAACUUUAUCAAAAAGCCCUCGCCAAGUACCAGAGCCUUGAAGCUCUCUUUGAAGCAUAUUUCGACGAGCAAUACGCCAUGUUGCAAGCUGUAAAGCCUGAGGUGGUUGGCCAUUUUGACCUUGUACGCAUCUUUGCUGGAUCGGAUGCCUGCUUGCAGGAGUCAGCUAUUUGGGAAAAGGUGGUUCGAAACGUGGAUCUUAUAGUUGGCUAUGGUGGUUUGUUUGAGAUCAACUCACGUGCUUGGAAGAAAGGAUUGACAGAUGCUUAUCCACACCGCUCAAUCAUUAAGCUAAUCCAAGAAAAGGGUGGUCGUUUCACACUAUCGGAUGAUUGCCAUGGACCCAAUGAUGUUGGAAUGCAUUAUGACAAGUUGGGAGCUUAUUUGCGAGAGGUCAAUGUUGAUACAAUCCAUUAUCUGGUACGCGAAGGUGAUGAGGUAGUAGUCAAGGAGAACAACAAGAUCCUCGAAGAUCACUUUUGGAAAAACGUUCAAGAAUGGUAG